UUGGUCAGGUCUGGUCAGCUGACGGAGCACAUGACCACUAGAAGUCAGCUGCUGAUUUUUACAUGGCAGGAAGAAAUGUCCAAACGUUUCACCGUUACCGUCGCUCUCCUUACUUAAUCAACCGUGUUUCCCCCGCUAUGUCUUCACGGUGAGCACCUGAACGCACCACGAGGUGAACGAGUCGCUCCCCGUUUCCGUGCGGAGAUGUUGGAGGCGGCUCAGGCUCCGGAGGGGAGCUCCAUAGAGGUGUGUGUGAUCCCAGAGAACCAGCACUGUGGCCCGGUGGCGGACAUCCAGAGAGCCGAGAUGGCUCCCGGAGGCUCCCUGGUCGGUUCCCUUGGGGCCGGCGGCUGGCUGAAGAUCUGGAACCCCGCGGACAGAGACGCUCCUCCGGCCACGCUGGACGGCUGCUACGCGGAUUUUUCCUGGGAGGAGGAGGAGUCAGAGGAUGAUGUCAUCGGUCGAGGCCUCCGCCCCGUCGUGAGGUUGCUGGCGGUUGAAGCUCAGCUGGACCUGCAGCUGGUAGAGGUGGAGGCGGAGGCCUCCGUCACGGCCGUCUGUGUGUCCCAGUGUCCUUCAGUCCGCCUGCUGCAGAUGGUCAGGGAGCAGGACGGCAGCGCGUUCGAGCUGCACUCGCUGCGCGUGUUGUCCUUUGCUGCUGGAUGCGCCUGCGUCCUGCUGAACUCUGAUUGGCUGCUGCGGCUGCACUGGCUGCAGAUGGAAGAGCAGCCACAGACAUUGUCCUGCUGCAGCAUCCAGCAGAGUGAAGACAGCCGACUCUCUGCUGUGCACCGCAGCGUCUGCAGGGACACGCUGUUCACCCUCAGCUGCACCGGACUCAUAUCUGUGCAUCACAUCACUGACGGCAGUCUGCUGGCCAGCAUCGACCUGCCAGCUUACCUGAGGUCUCUCCAGACAGAGGACGACCUCAUCUCCUCCUCCUCCUCUCCCUCCUUCUCGUCCUCCCCCUUCUGCCUCCUCCAGGUGUCAACUGACCUCAGCACAGCCGUAGCCGUCUGUCAGUCCCACAGCGCGGUCGCCAUCGACCUCGACCACUACUUCAGUUUGUAUCCAGACCAGCUGCUGUGUGCCGCCCCCCCCCGCCGUCCCCCCCUCCUCCACCCAGCUGACCAGGACGGCGUGCCGAGCUCGGAGCAAAGCCUCGCCGCCCUCGGGUCGACCUUCAGCGCAGACCGCUCCUGGGAAGCUCGUCUGGCCUCCAUGAGCAGCAGAGCCCAUAGGUCUGCAGAGGACUCAUCCCCCUCCUCCUCCUCCUCCUGGUCCUCCUCCCUCCUCCACCUGAGGCCCUGGGGGGCCUCAGCCCGCAGCAGGGUGCCUCGCGGCAGGGCCACCAUCUCCUUCCCCGUCGCCCCGCCCUCCUCCCCUUCCCUGCUCAGCGUGUCCCAGUUUUCUGCCCAGCUGACCUUUGUUGCCCCCGGCAACCGACGGCCCACCGUGGCCCUCUGGGACUUCCCGUCCGGCAGAGUGAGCCUCCACCGGGCCGAAGGGGAGGCAGCUCCCGUGCAGCGCUGUGGGGAGAGACAGCACCGCCUGCUGCUGAGGGAGGCCGGUGUCUUCCAGCUCCUCUUCUCCGUUUCCCAGCAGGACUUGCUCACCAGGUUGAUGUUGUUCGGCAGCGCGGCGACUGUGGACGCCGUGUGUCACCUGAACAGCUGGGGGCGCUGCUCCAUCCCCGUGCAUGCCCUGCAGGCCGGACUGAAGAACCGUCAGCUGGACACGGUGGACUUCUACCUGAAGAGUAAAGAGAACAUCCUGGUCCCUGCUGCCUCCACGAAGAGCCUUACCGCCCGCUUCCAGGAGUUGUGUCCUGCGUUGGAUCUCCUGUGUUCAGCUGUCAGUGAUUCUCACAUCGAGGCUCAGAGCCGUCAGUACUUUGAGCAGCUCCUCAACGUCACCAUGAACUUUAUCAACACGCAGACCCGGUCAGUGCUGACCAACACUCAGCUGGAGGACGAGGGCGUAGCGGGCUGCGUGGAGGCUCUGGACCGCUACGUCACCGAGCUACGAGGCUACAUGAAGAAAUUCCCCUGGCCCGCGGCGGCCGAUGCCUCGUCCCCCGCUGACCGCGCUCAGGGAGGGGCCCUCUGGGAUGAGUGGGCGGAGCUUCCCACAGAGGAGGUGGUCCGUCAGGCAGUCCUGACCAAUCAGAUCCCCAGGGCUCAAGACCUCCUAAGGGGGCAGGGCCGGCCAGAGUGCCGUCUGUCAGCCCUGAGGGCGGAGGGGCUGCGGCAGACGUUCCGCUGCCUGCAGCUUCGAGAUUUGCAGACCGCCGACGCGCUGCUCCUCAACAUGGGCUUCAGCGUAAAGGAGCAGCUCCACAGCAUCUGUGUCUACACCGCCGACCAGGACCUCAGGGAGUUCCUGGUGGAGGAGCUGUCGGGGCGGAGUUGUUUCCCAGAGGAGGAGAUGCGGGGGGUGGAGUUCAUCAGGGAGAUGGAGAGGUUGGGCUCACUUCCUGCGGCCCGCUGCCCCGCAGACGCAACGCCAUGCAGGCUGCACCUGCUUCAUAUGGUCCGGAGGGAGGAGGUGGGCGCUGGCGAGGAGCUCCUGGAGGAGCUGGUGGCCCAGAGGAGGCCUGAGGAGGACAAAUUGGGCCUCUGGACGAACCUGAGACUGGACUGGGUGAGAAACUGGGACCCAAGCUGCCGGACCUCCAUCCUCCUGUCCAGAUGUCCUCCUGCAGAGGUGACCUCCUGUAACCCCGCCGUGGUGUGGCGCUACCUCACCGCCCUCCACGACCAGCGCCGGGUGGUGGACUGGAUCCAGAACCAGGAGAACCCUGGAGGCUCCCGGUGGCCCGAGCUGACCCCGGAGCUGGUCAACAAUAACACUGCGUGCAGCUCCUACAUGAGGGAGCAGGUCCUGGACCUGCUGGCCAGGAGGGGGGUGUUCCUCCCGGAAGAGCUGGCUGACCUGGAACAACUGCUGUGGAGGCUGGCUCAGGGCGGGGGGGUUAUGGCUUCGCCCCCCCCUGUCCCUCAGCACCGCUCCCCGCUCGGCCUGGACCUCCACGGCCUCUUUGUCUCCUUCUGCGUGGACCGCGGCCUGAAGUACCUGCUCUAUGCCUACCUGGAGCGCCACAGGUUGACGCCUAGGAACUGUCCCCUCCUGACCAAUCGGAGCCUGUCCGAGAGCCGACCCUGGUUUGAGAUGCUGGUGAAGAUCCAGGAGAUCACUAGGGAUCUGUCAGAUCCAGCUCUGGUCUUCCAGGCCAGUCUAACCAGUGCUCAGGUGCUGCUGCCGGGCAGCCAGCCGUCUCUCAGCAGUCUGCUGCUGGAGGGCCACAGCCUCCUGGCCCUGGCCGCCAUCAUGUUCUCCCCCGGAGGAAUCGACCAGGUGGUGGCUAGGGGUGAAAUUCUCGGCAGGUCGGAGAGGACGGUGGACCCCCAGCUCCUGAAGAUGGCGCUGGCCCCCCACCCAAAGCUCAGGGCCGUCCUGUUCCCCGCUGGGCCCCGAGGAUCCGGCCCCUUGUCGGACAUCUCCGUCUACCACCUGCUGCAGUCGCUCCACCCACUAGACCCGACCAGGCUGUUCGGCUGGCAGUCAGCAAACACCCUGAACUCCACAGAGACAUCAGAGCUGCCUCACUUCUCCAGCCCCCCCCUGGUGGGCCGGUUCGCUUUGGUGGAGAACCUGGACUUCCUGUACUACCUCAGCCAUGGCCGGCCGUCUUUCGCGUUCGCCACCUUCCUGGUCCGACAACUGGCCGGCUGCACUGAUGUCACGUCGCUGCUGCAGCAGGCCUCACAUCAGGCUCACCGUUUGGCUCUGCGGAGCUUCGAUGUUCCGUCCGUGACGUCGGCCGUUGUCUGUUUCUAUGAGCUGAUCGGAGUCUGCAGCCUGAAGGUGAGGGUCGACGUCGAAGCCAUGAACCGCAUCCUGCAGUACUGGAGCCAGCAGUACACAGAGGAAGUACACAAUCUGGUGUCUAAAGGCGUAAAGCUAGCGGAGGCGGAGCCUGGACCAGCAGAAGAGUUGAUUGGCUACCUAGAAGCUGCAGUGACAGACAGCUUAGAGCAGAAGAACAUUUGCAGGUCGUCCUACGAGGCAGCUCAGGAGUGGGCGUUGCCUGUUCAGUUCUGUCAGCUUCACGGUCUGCAGCUCAGCUCGGUUUAUCCCGCCCACUGUGCCGAUGAUGGACAGUUCGUCCACUUCCUGUUGUUUGUCCAGCUGCACAGCUUCCCGCCCUCGCAGGUGAGGUCACUGACGGCUAAGUUUAGCCCCGCCCUGAAGGCCCACCUGCGCCUGGCGUUCCAGGACCUGCAAGUGUCCAGUCGAGGGAGGCGGCCCUGUGACUCUGAGGAGCAGCCCGUGUCCCCGAAGGCCGAGGAGCCCCCCAGGGAGCUGUUCCGUGUCCUCCUACGGAGCCAGGAAGAGGCGGCGCCCUGCAGGUACCUACUGAAGGAGGCGCUGGUGCAACGCUGCCCGACGCUGGCUGUGAUGGCCGCCUGUCAACAGGGGGCGGAGCCUCUGCCGUGCCUCUGCGCGUGGCUACUGACCUCGGUCUGCAACGCUGCGGCCGCUGAAGCCACCACACACCUGGCCGAAGCCCCCCAGCACCACGAGUGGACGCUGCAUGACCUGUCAAUCAUCUGGAGGACGCUGCUGGGGCGGGGCCAUGUCAGGCCCCUCCUACGAGGCUUCCAGCUCUUCCAGCGGGACUGUCCUCUGGUGUUGGUGCUGAGGAUGUUUGAGUUGUGCUGUGACUACAAGAACUUCUCCGAGGCCAAAGCCAAGCUGCUGGACUUCCAGAGGACGCUCGUCACCCUGAGGAAUGGCGGCGGGGCACCCCCAGGGGGCCUCCCCCUGCAGUGGGUAGAGUGCCAGGCCUCCGUGCUGCUGCUCUCCAUGUUGCAGCGCUGCACCUCCCAGUUCGACCUUCACCGGCUGCUGCUGCUGCUGGCCGACGUCGACAAGCUCCUCAAGUCAAACGGUCCAGACUUCAGGAAGCUGAGUCAGCUCAGCAUGCUGCUGCAGGGGUCAGAGGUCAACCUGUCACCCAGGCUGCUGCAGUGCAGUUCCCCUUCCGUCCAGCAGGAGGAGUUCCAGGCCGCAGUGGACGCCCUGCAGGCCGCCGGGCGCUACAGCCAGGCCAGGCAGGUCGCCCUGCUGGCUGGUCUGCCCGUCCACCGCCUGCUGCUCAAUCAGCUUCUCCAGGAAGUAUACUGCCAGAAGUCCAAGCAGCAGUGGGGGAGGCUGGAGACGCGGAUCGGACUGUGGAGGAGAUGUCACGAGCAGCUGAAGGCCGAAGGUGCCGACCCGGAAUCGGCCUCCCAGUUCUUCCUGUCUCAGGCAAACACGCCGUCGCCCCGGGCCGAGCUGCCGGACCUCCAGGAGGGCUGCCUUCUGCUCUGCCUCGCCGCCCACUGGCUCGCCGCUUGUGGCACGGCGACCCGGGACCGGCUGGAGGUCCUGGAAAAGAAGCUGUGGAUCUGCCGAUUGCAGCGUCACGUCCUCGCCGUCGCCAUGGAAACGGCGAGUGUCUUCGACUUGCCGCCACCUGCCGCCACGUCGGAGACCAACACGUACGAGGUGCUCAUGAAGGAGUUCUCCUUCUCUGGCAUACCGGGCCUGAACACUGAUGCCUGCCUCAGCCUGGAGGGCCUCCCCGGGCCCAGCGAGGAGCCCAGCAUCGACCCGGUCCUCAGCCUGGAGGAGAGGGGCGGUCUGGCCGCCCUCGUUGGUCAGCUGCUCAAUGAAGGGGGGAUCCACGAAGCCAGCCGGGUGUGCCGGUACUUCUCCCUGUACCACCGGGACGUCUGGCUGGUGCUGCGCUGCAGAGGUCUAGCCUCUGGGGAGCUGGACCCGGAACCACAGGAGGAGGCUUCAGAGAUUCUACCAAAGAAGAGCAUCCCCAGCUCUCCCUCCAUGAGCAGUCUGUCCUCCUUCGUGGUGCUCCCCCUCCCUGAGGACGAGGUGGCCCUCCAGCUACAGAAGCUGGUGGAUCAGUGUCGCCACGGCAAGAGCUACUGCAAACAGGUCCUCAGCCUGUACCAGCUCUCUAAGGAGCUGCAGUGCACCUUCGGCGAGGUGUGCCGUGAGGAGCCACGCUCAGUGUUGGAGAAGCUGCUGCUGUCAGAGCAGCCGGAGCGCUUCAGGAAGGCCAGGGCCUUUAUUGUGGCCCAGGGCCUCUCCGCAGACUCCGUGGCCCAGCUGGUCUGCUCGGCCGUGGUCCAGGCGCUGCUGGCCUCCGCCCAGGACCUGCAGCUCGCAGAGAGGCGGGUCUACAGGCUGUCAGAUGGUCGUCACUCUCUGAUCCAGCUUGUCAAACUGUGUGAUGAUCCCAACCUGGUGGGAGUCAAACUGCUGGAAAACCUGAACACGGCUCCACUGAGAGACCUGAACUGCAUUGUGGAGCUGCUGGUCGUGGCUCACGACUGCUUCAGCCUUACCUGCAACAUGGAGGGCAUCGUCAGGGUGCUGCAGAGCGCCCGCCACCUCAGCCACGCCUACCUGGCCCCGGGAGAGCACUACAGCCUGCUGGUGCGUCUGCUGACGGGCAUCGGCAGGUACAACGAGAUGACUUACGUCUUCGACCUGCUGCAUCAGAACCAUCGCUUUGAGAUGCUGCUGAGGAAGAAGAUGGACACAGACAGAGGACAGAGCUCCAGCCUGAAGACGGCGCUGCUGGACUACAUCAAGCGCUGCCUCCCCGCGGACAGCGAGAAGCACAACAUGGUGGCGCUGUGCUUCAGCAUGCGCAGGGAGAUCGGGGAGAACCACGAGAUGGCGGCCAGGACGCAACUGAAGAUCAUAGAGUCUCAGGCCUGGGUGGUCUCUCCCGAUCUGAAGAGCUCGCUGGUCAAAGUGUUGGGUCUGCUGAGGGACGCCGCGGAGAGCUUCGCCAAGGACUCGUGCGUGCGUCAGGCGAGCCGCUGUGUGCGCACGGCCAAGCUCAUCGCACUGCAGCUGCACCUCCUGAACCGAGGGUCGGACCUGCGGGUCGUCAAUCUGAGACCCGCCGAGCUGCUGAGCGCCGUCACGGCGCUGCCGCGCUGCUACCAGGUGUUCGUGGUGUCGGAGGCCUACAGCUACAGUCCGGACUGGGCCGAGGUGCUUUACCAGAAGGUGAUCCUCAACGGGGACUUUGUCUACCUGGAGGAACUCAAACGCCACCGCCCGCUGACCUCGGGUCUGUUCGAGGACAUCUUUAAGAAGCUGGAUGGCGCCCCCGGCAGCGCCGCCGCCAACGCCGCCGCCAACGUGAGGCGCCUGCUGCCGCACUGCGAGGACGUGUACGCCCGCUACCGGCUGGCCUACCAGCACGGCCUGUACGACGUCACCAAGGCGCUGCUGGAGGACGCCAAGACCUCCGGCUACCUGAGCGACAGGCUGGCUGGCUGAUUGGUUGUGACAUCACACGGGCCAAUCACAGAGGCAGCUGGUUCUUUGUAACGAUUCACUCAGAACGUGUUUCUGCUGAUAAGACGGAUGAAAGAUCAACUGCGCCAAAAGAAAUGACAUCAAAGACGCUUCUGAGCCGCUUUAGUAUCAAUGUCACGCUGCAGAUCAGAUGGAUUUAAAGGCGUAUUCUUUUGUUUGAAAUCUUCCUGUUGUUAACUUGUGUUUCUCUACUUUGUCAAUAAAGAAAGAAAAUAUUAAUUUACA